AUGUUUAGGGCAAGAGUAUUCGUGCCAAUUGGCAAGCAGAUUAUCAGAUCGUACUCGCAGACAGCUGCAACGCGCAGACGCUCGUACGUUCCGCUGUAUGUGCUUACAUUCGCCGCUGGUUUGGGCCUAUCUUACAAGUAUUCCGCCCAGGAGAUAGUGGACCAGUUCAUCACUACCCCACUGCCAACCACACCUCAGGAGACGGAGAAAUAUCAGCAGGAGUUGGAGAAUAAGUUGAAAGAGGUGCCAAUCGUUGCCAAACUGUCCAAAGACCCGAAAUAUGUGGCUACGCGCGCCUGGAACCAGCUAGACACGGUCAAGGAUGGCAUCCAUCAGAGACUGAACACGCCUGGAUCCAUUGCGAUUGCACCAAUCACGUUCCACAACCAGGAAUCCGGAGAGUCUGUCAGUGUUAUCCAUUUGGGAAAAAAACUCUGUGGAUAUCCUUUUCUAGUCCAUGGUGGCAUUAUCUCGCUGGUGAUCGACGAAACCUUGAAGAAACACUGCAUGCUACAAAAUGGGCUGAAAAACCCGGCAAAGGUCCACACGAAAAGCCUUACUUUAAACUAUAAAUUCCCGACACUCGUCGACAGCUUCGUGGUCAUUAAAUCCAAGGUCGGUCCCGUCGAGAACGGAGAGGUCGAGGUAAAGGGCAUCAUGCUGGCUGGGAAUGGUAAAAGAACACUGGUCAAGGCGAACGCGAAGUUUGUUCCCGAGCGCACCAAGUGGUUUUUUGGCCUAUUCUAG